UAUACAUGCUUAACAGGAACGCUAAUUCCGUUGUUAUUCUCAAGAUUUUUUUCUGGCGCAGCCAAAAGGGAUUCUGAUUCAUCCGUGAGAACGAUGAUGGUUCGUCUCUCUUGGCCGCAUCGUGUCCUGUCCUACAGAAAUCGAUUUCGUUGUGACGGUUGGCAACAGGAGAACUCUCUCCUGCUGCAGCAAUGGACUUCUGCGUUCCCUCCUCCUUGUGCAGGCCCUCUCUUCCGCACAAGGCUUCUUCUCUUGUAUCUCCAUUUCCAGACAGAUUGGCUCUGUCUCAUUCAGCAACUUGCGCUUCCACCAUCAUCCGGACACCCGUGGACAGGCAUCCGGACGCGAUGUCUUUAAAGAUACUCUCCUCCGUAAACCGGGAGCGCUUACCAUUAGACAAACAGAGGACAAUUGAGCAAGUUUUAGCGAAAUUACGGGAUUCGGAGCCUACACGCAAAGCAUAUGCUCAGAUCUUGCGUUUAUAUAUCGAAAUGGGCCUUCCGGAUGAAUCUUUAAGGGUCUAUUUUGCUAUGAAAGCUGAGGGGUUUACUCCGGGAGUUGUGUUGGAAACCAGUCUUUUGAAUCUUUGCAUGAAUUCUGGUUUUCCGGAUGUUGCCCGCCAAAUAUUUGGUCAAAUGCCCGAAAAAAAUGUUGUAACUUGGACGUCCCUGAUUGUUGGUUGCAUUAAGAACGACCAACACUGGAUUGGUUUCGCUCUCUUCUGCCAAAUGUUGGCUGCUGGAGUUUGUCCAAACGACUUCACGUUCAAUGCUGCGGUUCAGGCGUGUACGUCGUUGGACGAUGGGAAGCAGGUGCAUUCUCUAGCGGUGAAGACUGGAUUCAUUUCUGAUUCCAGAGUAGAGAAUUGUUUGAUUGACAUGUAUGCUAGAUAUGGUGUGAUCAGCGAUGCCCAACGAAUAUUUGAGAAAAUGCUCUGUCCAGACGUUGUGUCCUACACCACCUUGAUUGCCGGGCUUUCUCAUAAUGGUUUCUUCGAGACAGCAAUAAAUGCUUUUGUGAGAAUGCUAAACAUGGGGCUCAGCCCAAAUGAGCACACAGUUGGAAGUGUCCUGGUUGCCUGUGGCAACAUAUUUGCUUGCAAAUUAGGUAUGCAGAUCCAUGCUUAUGCAAUCAAGUCAGAACUUUGUGGUAUCUAUGCUGCCAGCUCCCUGGUACAUAUGUACUCAAAGGGUUCUCUAAUCGAUUAUGCAAGAACAGUUUUUGAUGUAAUGGAGGUCAAGAAUUUGGUCACCUGGAGUGGAAUGAUUGAUGGUUAUGUGAAGAAUGGGCUUGUAAAAGCAGCACUUUUCUUGUUCAUGCAGAUGCUGGUUAUGGGUAUCAAGCCCAACGAGUACACGCUUGCGACCUUAAUUUCUUCUUGUGGGCUGUCAUCCAUUGGCAUCAGCGAAGCACUUCAAUUACAUGGUUAUGCAAUUAAGCUCAAUUACGAAUCGAAUAACCAUGUCAUGAAUGCCUUGAUUACCAUGUAUGCUAGAAAGAACAUGGUUGAUGAACUCGGCCAUGUAUUUAAGAGAAUAGCCUUCCGCGAUUCAGUUUCAUGGUCAGCUGCAAUUGCAGGAUACGCCCAAAAUGAACAAAAUGAAGAAGCUGCAAGAAUGCUAUGCUUGAUGCACAGGGAAGGUGCUGAGCCCACCAAACACGCGUUCGCUAGUGUUAUUAGUUCUUGUGGUGAUCUUGCAGCCUUGGACCAAGGCAGACACUUCCAUGCUCUAGCACUGAAGUCCUCAUUUGAUCAGCACAUAUGUGUGUCGAAUGCACUUGUAUCGAUGUACUCAAAGUGUGGAAGCAUGGUUGAUGCAUGUAUGGCUUUUGAGGUUACACCUGAACCUGAUGUCAUGUCAUGGAACACAUUGAUACAUGGUUAUGCGCAUCAUGGUAUGGGCGGGGAAGCUCUUCAAGUGUUUGAGAGGAUGACCAGCUUAGGUGAAGUUCCGGAUGGAGCAACCAUAGUUGGGAUCCUUUCUGCGUGCAGCCAUGCAGGUUACGUAAAUGAAGCACGUAAAUACUUCGCUAAAAUAAAGAGUGAAUAUGGUGUGACACCAACAAUUUCACAUUACUGUUGUAUGGUUGACACGCUUGGUCGAGCGGGGAAAUUGGAUGAAGCAGCUGAGCUGAUUAAGGAGAUGCCCUUCGAACCUGAUGGCAUAAUAUGGAAGACUCUCUUGGCUGCAUGCAGACUGCACAAGGAUCUUAGACUUGGCAAGAUUGCUGCAGCACAAGCAAUCUCCUUAUCUCCCAACGAUUCAGCUAACUACAUUCUUCUCGCAAAUUUACUGGAAGAAAAUGGCGAGCCUGAUGGAGCAGAAAGGGCAAGGAGAGUAAUGGAGACCAUGUGUGCAAAGAAGGAAGCGGGGUAUAGCUGGAUUGAGAUCAGAAAUGUGGUUCAUGCCUUUUCCUCUAGGGAUAAGUCUCACCCUUGUACCAAACAUAUCUAUGCCAAGUUGGAAGAACUACUCAUUGAAAUGAAAGAGGCUGGUUAUAAACCGGACCUCGACAUUGGUACUUGAUUUGUGGAGUUUCUUUUUUGCUUCUUGCUUAACUUCUUUCUCCCAUGGCAGUCAUGGUGCGGUUUGAAAGUGGUACCGAGGGAUGCCUUCUUGAUCGCACCAAAACUUUCUGCUUAUUCCUCUGCAAGUUGGUUUCCUUUAGCAAAAACAACUUUUUAAAGCAUUGCUGCAGGAAUCAGCCAUGAGGUGUUCGAUGGCCUGGAUAAUGAAGCACAACGGGCCAGGGUUGAACUUACCCUCCAUAUGCUCUCACCCUUUUAAAAUGAGGGAGAGUCCCUUCCUAUUUCAUGGAUGAAUCCACGACCACGGUGGAUUGUUGAUCAAUCAUUGAUUUAUCAAAAGGCUGCUUUGUUGUGCGCGGGAAUCAGAAAGGAAAUGACUGCUGUAUUGAGAAUUCGAGAGAGAGAGAGAGAUAGAGCUGUGCGGGGAAAAGAAUAAUCUGGAACUAACGAGUCAUCGUGGGUGCUUGAGAUAAC